AUGUGGAAGGACACCAGCAUCGGUAAGGAGAGGUCACUGGCUGACACAGAAUCUAGACUGGAUAUCAGAUUUGUAUUUUUGAGUAGGCCAGGUGAAUCACAGAUGAUAAUUAUUGUCAUUUUGGUGGGAGAAUGACAUUUUUUUUUUGGGGGGGGGGGGGUGAAAUAUCAAAGGAACUUUACAGAUGUUUUUGUCCUAUGGGGUUUAUUUGCCAGUUGUAAUGCUUCAAAGUGAUAGAGAGCCACAUAUAGAUUCUUGCCUUAGCAACCUAUCCUGGAGACAGACUCACUACAUGAUAAGACCCCCUCCACGACCUGUCUUGCCCUGGGCUCCUCUCUGGCUCAUGUCUGAUCUGGAACCUGUGUUUUCCCCUCAGAUGUCCUCAGACAGGUGGCCGUCACCGGAGCCUCGUCCCGGAGUACCAACCGCAGAAAGAGGACCAGCUUCUCCAAAGAGCACGUGGAGCUGCUCCGUGUCACCUUUGAGACAGACCCUUAUCCUGGCAUCAGCCUGAGAGAGAGCCUGUCCCAGAACACAGGGCUACCUGAAUCUCGCAUCCAGGUAAGCAACUACGCACACAUGUAAGCAUGCAGGAACACAUACACAGACUCACGCACAGACGAAUGUAAUGGGGGUUGUUUAUAUUACGAAGGCUCUGUGUUCAAAUGUGGCCUGCAUGGGUGCUGUUGAUACUGGUAUCAGGGUUUCUGUUUAUCUUUUAAAUCACUAAGAUGAUGUAAGCGGUUUUAUCUGUUUGUUUGGUCUGACUGGUAGAAUGUACAACACUUAUAGUAAACAGAGGAGACAACAGCAAGAUAAGCCCCAACGCUCUCACUAUAUUCUACAGGUGUUUGUGGGUGGGCUUGGGAAAUUAUUAACAUGGGCUCAAAGCAGAUAAUUCUAUCUUAGUCAUUGGAGUCAACUAACUGCGACACUGUAUCUGUUUGCAUUGGAUGUCCAUUCUAAAUGCAGUGUUAUAACACAGUUGUUUUGUAAUCGCUCUCCAGGUGUGGUUCCAGAACAGGAGGGCUCGGACUCUGAAGUGUAAGGCAGCUAAGAAGUCCCUGUGCCAGUCAGACUCUGGCUUACACUCCCCUGGUGGGUUCACCCCUGUCCAGAACCCAGUUUCCCAGCCCCGCACUAUGGGGACAGGGGCUACCCAGCACAGCCUGGCCCCUCUGUCCACCUCCCCCUGCCUGCCCCCUGCUUACCCUGUCCAGGUGAAGGAGGAGGUGGAGGAGGAUCUUUUCUAUGGACGCUACCCUCCACCCUACCCUGGAGCAGAGGAGACUGGCCACUACAACUCCCUGUUCGGGCUGAGGCAGGCCAGGGUGCUGGGAUACAGCUCCAGCCCGCCCCUGAAGACCCCCGGGCACCAGAUGGUUCCAGGAGCCUGGCCCCAGGCGGGUGACCAGACAACCCCAGUGCAGUCCAUGUGGAGCCCCUCUCCUCUGGAGGUGAGGAACUACAGCUCAGGCUCCAGCAAGGCCUUCCUCUACCAUGGCUCAGCCGAGCAGCAGCCCCUCUACAGCAACCCCCAGGAAGCCUUUGGAGGCCCCAUUUCCCAGACCCAGGCCCCAGCCACCACGGAUUCCGGCUGCUGGGAGGUUGGACAAGAAAACACCCCACCGAUGGUAGGCCAAGUUUCCCGAUUGGAUGGCUCCUGGAGCAUGGCUAUAUCUACCGCAGAAUACCCAGGACAAGCCCCGCACCAUGCCCCCCUGCCAGAGCUCCCGGCCCUGUCCCUGCAGGAGAUCCUGGGGGAGCUGGAGGGAGAGUGGCGGGAGGGAGAUGGACUGGACAGCCACCACAAUGAGGACAAACUGGUUUACUGCUGA